AGAGAAUAUGACGCUUUGCCGAGCCGCACGCUGCUGCUGCUGCCGCUGCCACCGCCUGCGUGUGUCAGACGCUCGCAGUGAUCAUGGCGGACAGCGCGAGUGAGAGCGACACUGACGGAGCGGGCAGCAGCUCGGCCACUCUGCAGUGCUCUGCGUCUUCGUCUUCCAGCAAGCAGCAGGGUUUCGUGAUUUCCCCGUUCCGUUUGGAAGAGCUGACGAAUCGCCUGGCAUCCCUGCAGCAGGAGAACAAAGUGCUCAAGAUCGAGCUGGAGACUUUCAAACUGAAGUGCAAAGCCCUACAGGAGGAGAACCGGGACCUGCGCAAAGCCAGCGUCACGAUCCAAGCCCGAGCAGAACAAGAAGAGGAGUUCAUCAGCAACACGCUGUUUAAGAAGAUCCAGGCUUUGCAGAAGGAGAAAGAAACGCUUGCUGUCAAUUACGAAAAGGAAGAAGAAUUCCUCACCAAUGAUCUCUCUCGCAAACUUAUGCAACUUCAACAUGAGAAAGCUGAGCUUGAGCAGCAUUUGGAACAAGAGCAGGAGUUCCAGGUCAACAAACUGAUGAAGAAGAUCAAGAAGUUGGAGAAUGAUACUAUCUCCAAGCAGCUCACUUUGGAGCAGCUCAGACGAGAGAAGAUCGACUUGGAGAACACGUUGGAGCAAGAGCAGGAGGCACUGGUCAACCGACUAUGGAAGCGGAUGGACAAACUGGAGGCUGAGAAAAGAAUUCUCCAGGAGAAGCUGGACCAGCCAGUCUCCGCUCCUCCAUCCCCCAGGGACAUCUCCAUGGAGAUUGACUCUCCAGAAAACAUGAUGCGGCACAUCCGUUUUCUGAAAAGUGAAGUGGAGAGGCUGAAGAAGAACCUACGCACUGCCGACCUUCAGCACACAGAGAAGCGAGCACAGUACAUCGAGGAGGAGCGGAUCAUGCGGGAGGAGAACAUUCGGCUGCAGAGGAAGCUUCAGCGGGAGGUGGAGCGGAGAGAGGCCUUGUGCAGGCAGCUUUCUGAAAGCGAGUCCAGCCUGGAGAUGGACGAUGAGCGGUACUUUAAUGAAAUGUCGGCCCAAGGCCUUCGUCCCCGCACUGUGUCCAGUCCAAUCCCGUACACACCCUCCCCGAGUUCUAGCAGACCUAUAUCACCAGGGUUGUCAUAUGCCAGUCACACAGUGGGCUUUACCCCUCCAACCACACUGACCCGUGCAGGCAUGUCUUACUACAACACGCCAGGCCUACAUGUGCACGUGGGAGCCUCACAUGGCAUUGCGAGGCCGUCCCCGAGAAGAAGCAACAGUCCAGACAAGUUCAAGCGUCCAACACCACCUCCUUCCCCCAACAUGCAAGCUGGAGUUCAGCCUGGACCUCCUCCUCCUCCUCCUCCACCCCCUGCAGCACCAGCGCAGCAGCAGCCCGCAGUGCCACAGCCAUAAUGCAUGAGCUCAGAGUGGACUCAGACCAGAGCUACUGUAUUCCCGUCCAGCCAAAGGCUUAUCUAUCCUAUGUACAUGGAGUUCGCAUCUUCCUUUUGCACUGAGAAUCAAAUAGGCAUCACUGUUAA